CCUCAAGGACACCAGCCAUGGCCAGUCUGAAGACCACUCUGCUGAUGGCUCUGAUCUUAGCUGUCUUUUAUCAACAAAUAGAAGCAACAUGCGUCACCUGUCCAAAGGAGUGUUGCUUUGAUGUGAAGAAGGGAUUACCUAUUCCCCGCAGAAACCUGGACUUUUACUACAAGACGUCCAGCGAAUGUCACUUAAAAGCUGUUGUGCUUGUCAAUAAGAAAGGCAUUCCAAUCUGUGCCAACCCGCAGAUGUCUUGGGUGAAGAAGGCAAUGACAGUCUUGCCGCACAAGAUGAAUUCAUCUUGAAGAUGGAUGCAACUGGUGUCAUGGAGCGCAUGGUGACCGGCAGGUCCUGCUUGGAGCGACUGGCAAAUGGGCUGUAUUUAUUGCUAGUGAAUUGCCUGUGGAUGCUUGGCUGCUCCAGCCUGUCCAUCCCUGCUCGUGUUUUCUCUCCCUCUGGGGCUGCUGCGCCACCCCAGCUCUCUUCAGCGGGGAAAGACUGGGAGGGUUUCAAUAUUUGCAAGUGGGGGAAUGUGAAGCUGGCAGGGCACCCCUUUCUGCUUUGCUACAAUGGGAACAUCCCUACGGGAGACCCACCAGCCUUGCAAGAAAGAGCGUUCUGCCAGCUGACGGCGUGCAUACCCUGCAUUUCCUGCUGCGGAUGCGUGAUCAUCUUGCUUCUCUGGAAGGCUGCUUUGUCCAACCAAACGGCUGUGAUCUUG